AUGAAGUUAUUUCUUUUAUUUGUGAUAAUUGAUGGACUUUCAAGUGUCGUCGUCUGUGAAAAGCAAUCAAACGGAACUGAGUGUAUAAAAUCAUUUCUAAAACUCGAAGUACUUGAUGAAAAUUGCACGGAAAUUGUUUCAAGCUAUAAAGAAAACUUUCAUCAAGAAAUAGCAAAUCAAAUGUUUGAUAUAUCCGAAGAAUCAGUGAAAAGUUGCAUCAUAAAUAUUUUCAAUGACAGUAAUGUUUUCCAACUAUUUCUCAAAGGACUUUCUUCACAUUCUGAUGAACAAAUUAAAUUGUCAAAGGAAACAAUGGAUUCAUUCGUGGGGCUAGCAAAAGAAAUUUGUACUGGAGAAACUAAGUUCAAGGAAGAGUUUGAUUUGUUUUCUGGGAAAAAUAAGUUGCCAUCUGCCAUUCCUUUAGACGAACAAUGUGCUAGAAAAUAUUUUAUUGAGAAGAAUAUCAUCAAUGCCAAAGACUUCGACAUUGAUGUGUCAUCAAUCAGUGAUGAGAACUGCGAAGCUUAUAACGAAUUGUACAUCAAAGCUUUCGAAAGGGAACAUAUUGACCAUCAUAAGCAUUUCUUUGGUUCAUCAAAUACAAGUAUUCAGAAUUGUAUAAAACAAAAGUUUCGAGACGAAAAAGUUUAUCUUAAUCUACAUGCGACGGCACUCUUGAUGAAAUAUGAAUUAACACCGUCACAAGCUGAUGAUCUUCGUCGUAAUUACGUUAAGUGGAAGACAGCAUAUGCUAAAAUUUUAUUUCAAUGUAUCAAAGAUGAUGAUUAA